AUGUUAAUAAAUGUUGGUGGAAAUAAAAGAUCAUACUCUUUGAAUAACAAGAGAAUAUUGUUUCUUGUUUUAUUUUUAAUAGUAUUUCUAUUUAUUUCGGUUGGUGUUUUCGUUAGAUAUGGAGAGAUAUGGAGAAUGUAUAGUAUAGAAACUCAGCAAGUAGAGAUAAAUUUGUAUAAUUCCGUGGUUAAAGAAAAGAGAACUCUUUUUGUAUUGGGUUCGACAGAGUGGGGAGAGCGAUCGGAUUUGGAGGCAACCUACAGUUGUGGACGUGAAGAUGGUUCCGUCACCACCGAGUGGACACACGACAAGUCCAGACUGGCAGAAGCUUCCGGUGUAUUAUACUUUGGUUCGGACAUAUCGAAACCCGGACAUUUCAACCCAAUUCCGCUGGCAUCGGACUCGAUGGUUCGUGUCUACAUGAAUUUAGAAUCACUGGGGUCAGAGUUUUCUGGAUGUUUGAAAAGAGAAUCCUGCUACAGCUAUUUCAACUGGACGAUUGGCGCAAUCGAUGGAUUCAACGAUAUCGUUAUUAAAUACUUUUCGAAAUCGCAGUUUGAAGAGUUUUACACGGCGGAGGUGGCCAAUCCUUUUGACGCCAAGAAACUGUUGGAAAAGAAGAGAUUGUAUCCAGAGAAUGUAGUUGCCUGGAUGUGUAGCCAAUGCGAGAAUUUCACAGUCUAUGGGUUUCCACCGACGGACAGAGGCAAUUUUAUGGAGCGUUUUAUGAAGCAUAUCCACGUCGACAGCUACGGUACUUGUUUGAACAACAAACAACUUCCAGCCGGUGGACACAGAAAGGAGGACAAUGCACAGGCAAUCAAGUUGGACUUGAUCUCGAAAUACAAAUUCUAUAUGGCACUAGAGAAUCACAAUUGUUUCGGCUAUAUCUCUGAGAAGGUAUUUCAAUGUUUAGUUAGCGGAGUCGUUCCCGUUUAUAUGGGGCAUGAUUCAACGUUUGAUCUACUACCACCGGGAUCGUUCAUCAAUGGCAAAGCAUUCAAUUCCACAAAGUCACUGGCAGACUAUCUGACAUAUCUGAACAACAACGACGAAGAAUACCUCAAAUACUUUAAGUGGCGAGAAGAUCUUCAGGCUGCUGGAUGUUGUAAAGGUGAGAAAGACAAAAGAUUGAAUAGAAAAUAUUAUCCAGUACCAAAAAGUUUUGAAGAUAUACCAAAACAACCUAUACCUUGUCCAUGUGAAGAUGUAUCAUUAUGCCAACCAUUAUCUAUUCCAUUUCCUCGAGAGGAAUUUCUUGGAUUUGCUGUGACUGCAGCUGAUUAUACAAUCUAUGAUUGGGAACAUCUUACAACUAUAGUUCUAUUCGAAGAACCAGAUCCACAAAUGAUAUGUAUAGCUCAUAAAAACAACGUUAGAUUAUCAAUUGGUUCAGAAUUUCCAUUCGAUCAUCUAGGAGAUGGAAACUUCACUCAACAAUGGAUACAAGGAUAUAUUCAAGUGUUAAAGAACAAUUAUUAUGAUGGUAUUAAUUUCGUAAAUAUGUUCAUCAAUCAAGAUUUUGAAUAUGUUAUUUCAGAAAAUCAAAGUAUUCUGUCUGGAUUGUAUACGGGUGUGGUUGCUCAGACCACUUUUGAGAUGAAAAAAGUCAAUCCUUUCUAUCAGAUAUCGGUAGAUGUACCGUUUUCACCUAGUUGUAUUUACGACCGAUGCUACGAUUACUUUGGUAUUGCACAGGCAUCCGAUAUCCUCUUGGUGAUGGACUACGAUAUGAAUCUAUCGCCCGACUUGGCGCAGGCAAACUCCCCGCUACCCAACGUAGCGUCUGGGCUCACCAACUACACAGAUUUGCUGAUUCCCCGCGAGAAAAUAGUAAUGGCAUUCCCGUGGUACGGCUACGACUACCAGUGUAUCAAUAACAUGACACUGCAACAAACCGAAUGUAUAAUCGAUCCCGACGGUACUCUGCAGCGCUACUUCUUUGACAUCAACGAGAUCAUGAUGAAUCAAUCGCUGCAGUCCACCGGUGAACUCUGGAAUGAUCCGACGUCGUCGCCAUUCUUCAACUACUUCAAUAGCACAACCAACUCUGUACACCAGGUGUGGUACGACAACGCCGAGUCGAUAGCACUCAAAGUUCAAUACUCAAGGAAAUUGGGUGUUGGUGGCGUUGGUGUUUGGACUAUCGACUAUGUUAGUCCAUCGACACAGCCAUCACUCUCUCAAAUGAUGUGGGAUGCAAUGAAUUCAUUCUUCCAAUAA